AUGGCAUCUGUACAGUUGGCUGGCAAGACUGCACCUCGCCUUGUCCAAGAUAUUGAGCUUUAUGACCCAGCCCACGAUCCAGACACAGGUCGCAAUUUGUUAUCUGAAACGCCGCUUUUGUAUCCACUGGGCUAUGAUGGCCCGCGAUCCUGGAUCUCACCAACAGCUUGCCGCCACGAAUAUGUCUUGAAGACGGAUCAAACCUUCCUGGCACAGGCAGAACACCGGAGAAGGCCAGGCACGUCAUCUAAAGUGGCAGCAAUCUGCUCAAAAUGCCGGUGCCAUCUGCAGCUAGUCGUCAACCACAGUAGCAAUGUUCAGAUGCAAACUCAAGCUCUCAAGGGCGAACAUAUCCAUCACCUGGUUUACAAAUCAGGACGGCAAAAGAAUGGUGUCUCGAUGCCUGAGAUGACCCACCGUGGGCAGAUCGCAGAGACAUACCACUAUCAGUGCUCAUACACCUCCUGUGCAGCUAUGAUCUCGCUGCGGAUUCUUUCGCCCGUUUUGAGUGAGGAGUUCGUCCAUUUGAUGACAGAUGAAGACUUGUUGCAGAAACGUGCCGAGGAAGCAUUUUCAACAUACUCAGAAACGAUGGAGGGCAUGGCAAAGCCAGAGCCGAUCAACCUGCUGGAUAAUCUGCGUCUUUACAUCACAAACUCUCUUCGGAACCCUCAACGCAGUAAGCCGAUUGCCUCAGGGAACAAGAGGUUCGUGCAUGUGUUCGGCGUAGAAGGAGCUGCGUGCAAGGACUUGCUGGAAUUUCUGGAGUUCUCUUAUGUAGAGGAUACUGGCGUGUGGCACCCGCCUAAACCGAUUCCCGGCGCUGAGAAGCCGUACCAGGACCCGCUUUGCGUGUUUCUCGACGAUGUAAUCGUUGAGCUCCUGGCUUUGAUGCACCAGCGCCCUGCCUCGGAAAAGAGAGGCCACCAGUUCCCUCAUCUUUCCCCUUCCGCCAUUCCAGACAUACUGUACGCUCUAGAAGCGAGCGAUUACCCCAAGGCUACAGGUACAGAUGAGUUUGAGAUGCCCUCUGAUUCUUGUUACGAAGACUUAGGAGUGACAGAGGACAUGUCCUCUGUCGCCAUUAUUGAGGCAUACAGACAGCAGAUUUUUGUGGACCCCAAAAUGGCUCCGUACUAUCUGAGUUGCCUUAAGAUGAUUGGCGGUUGCCGUCGUCGCCGAGGAAAAGAUGACCAGCACCUCACAAAUGCCAUCAAUGAGGCUUAUCUAGAAGGACAAUUCGCCUCAGAGGAUAUUGAGCAAGCUUACAACUUCUUUGGCUUCGAUAUCGAUGAUCGCCACUUGAACAACAACCGCAUCCUCGAAUGCUUUUACGAAUAUGUCGGCUCGCCCACACAGGAGAACAAGGCACGUCAGGAACUGUCGCGGAUCGGCAAACAUCGAGAAAGCGAUCGCCUCAUGGCGGCUUCUGAAGACCGCGUUGUCACAGUCGAGCAGGCGAAUAUCUACUUGGGUGUUGAAACCGAAACUCCGGAUGAUUUUGUCAUGACCAUGUAUACGGCCAAGGUCAACGAUAAUCCAUCGGCCAGAGCAUUAGCUGGUCGUGCCCUGGAGCUUAUCGCCGAAUCCCGCAAGUCGCCGAGCCUCACACAUUUCCUCCACACCGGAGAGACUCUCGCUGCUGAAAUGGACGUUGGCGAUGCCUAUCGUCUACUUCAGAUUCCCGACCAAACCACUGAUGACGGGGCUAUCAUGGCUGCAUACACUAUCUGUAUUGACGAUAAUCCGAGUGAUGCCGACAGAUACAACCAAGCCUUGGUCAUCAUUGCCAACCACAUCGACAGCGCUUCAUUGAAGUCAUCGGCAGGUAUCAGCACCGAGCCUCAGCGCAACAUGCAAGAUUGGCCGGUUGGUUUACAGAACAUCGGAAAUACCUGUUACCUCAACAGCCUUUUGCAGUUCUAUUUCUCGGUGCGCCCCUUCCGAGAGAUGGUUUUGGACUUGGAGAGAUUCCAGAUGGAUCUUGGUGAUAUGGAGAGUCUAGCCAAAAAACAGGUGGGGUCCCGCAAAGUGACUAAGAAAGAGGUCGAACGUUCUAUGCGAUUCUUGAAUGAACUGCGAACGCUGUACAUUGGCAUGAUCACGUCGUCUCAGAAUUCGGUGACUCCUGGACAAGAGCUUGCCCGCCUGACAUUGAUCAGUCCCGGAAACGAGGCAGCAGUUCGUCGCCGCUCAACAAUCACAGCCUCGAGAGCCCAGAUCCUGGGUGAAAUCAACGGCGCUCCAGUUCUGGGUCCUCUCGGCCACCCACCAACCCUUCCUGAGAGUAAUCUAGAGCAAGAUGGUUCAGCGCCAAUUCAAGCUCCGACUGCCGGUGUUUCUCUCGGUGACACUGUCAAGACUCCUGACAAUACCACCAAUGAUGUCCCAGGACUCUUUGCCAACGGCACAGAGAAUGCAACGCCAGAAUCGGAUGACAUGGCAUCAGACCAAGCAGAGAUCGGAUCAGUCCGUUCUGAUGCGGACAUGGAAAUCGAGCCGAACACGCCGGCAUCGACCAACCCCGACAAUUCUAAUCUACCGCCCCCUGUUCCCCCUCGCCCUAUUCCGGAAAUUGAUCGCGAGAAGCAGCUCAAGGAGGAGUUGGAGUAUGGCGCUCAACAGGAUGUUACCGAGGUUAUCAACAAUGUUCUCUUCCAGAGCCAAUGCGCCAUCAAAGCUCGAGGAAUUGAUGAUGACGGCGAACAGAUUGAUCAGAUCAAAGAUCUGUUCUACGGAACAACUCGCUCUUACAUCUCCACCGAAAAGGGCACGCGGUCCAAGAAUGAGCGCUGGUGUGAUAUCAAGGUCGACGUUGCUCAUGGAUCCCGCGACAUCUACAGCGCUAUCGACGCAGCCUUCGAUGUUCAAAAGAUUAGCGUUGACAACACCGUUGCCGAGCAAUUCGGGUCGAUCAGCCGUAUUCCUCCUGUGCUUCAGAUCCAAGUGCAGCGUGUUCAGUUUGACCCUGUGAAAAAGUCCUCCUUCAAAUCAACAAACCAUCUGGAAUUGCUUGAUACUAUCUACAUGGAUCGCUACAUGGAUACAAAGAACCCCGAGAUAGUCGACCGGCGUGAACAGUGUUGGGAAUGGAAGGCAUUAAUCAACAGACUCGAAGACAGACGGGAACAGCUACUUCGGAAGAAGGAAAAUGAUGGCAUGGAUAAGGCAGCACUGUUGAGACAAUCCCGACUGGCGCUGGCAGGCUUGGACUCUCUGGAACAACUUGAGUGCCUUGAAUCUGACACCAGCGCUCUCGGUAUUGAUUCACAGUUGAUCCAGUAUGUCCAGGACCAUGCCGGGGGCGCAGAAACCGAACUAGAGGCUGUUGAGCAAGAAAUUAAGGACACACAGGCCAUGGUUUCUAGCCAAUUUGCCGAUUACCACAACCUUCCUUAUCGCCUGUAUGCCGUUUUCGUCCAUCACGGGUCUGUCUCGUUUGGACAUUACUACAUUUACAUUUACGAUUUUGAGAAGAACAUUUGGCGGAAGUACAACGAUGAAUAUGUCACGGAGGUCACCAAUCUUGACGAAAUUUUCAAGGGUGAUUCCACCAGCAACCCUCCAACUCCCUAUUUCCUGGUCUAUGUCAACAGCGAUAUGAAGGAGCGCUUGGUGAACCCUGUGUGCCGUGAAGUGGAUGUGGUGAUGCCAGAUCGAGCAACAUCCACUUUGGGAGAGGAUAAGGCUGCAAGCCCCAGUGGAGAAGUGAGCGGGUCAACUCCCCAGAGUACCUCCGGUAUGGAUCACCCCAGCUCUCCGGUGACAUUGAUAUGA